AUGUCAUCAACCAACACGAAUCCAUUACUAGUGGAUCCAUCAAUUGUAUCAAUAGAUUCUACACAAUACCAAAGUAACAAGAGACCCUCGAACAAUAAAAGAACCCAAUCACAUUCUUCAAUAAAUAAUUUAGAUCCAAGUAAUGCAUUAAGUAAAUUGUUAGAUAGUGCAAUGGCUCAUGCAGCAAAAGAAAAUACUCCAGAAUCAAAUAUAGAAGAUAAUUCAAAUGUUGUAACUGAAGAAAAUACAGAGUUAAUAGAAGAUGAUGAAUCUACAAAAUUCACCAAAGAAAAAGAAGAAUUGAAUCAAAUUUUAUCAACUAUACCACCAAAAAAAUAUGGAUUACCAAAUAUAUACACUAUAAAUCAUCUAUUAAAAUUAAGAGAUGAAAUAGAUACUAUCGAGUUUGGUGAUGAUGAUAAGUUACCAAAUUUAGCAUUUUGGAGACUAAAACCAGUAAGAGAAACAAAUAACCCUAAUUCAAAAUCUUUUAAUAAUAAUCAUGUAAAUAAUAGUAAUGGAAAUAAUGAACAUUUUAAUAACAAGAGUAAAAAAUUUAGAAGACAUCAACAUGAAACUUGGGAAAGAAAUAAAUCAGAUAAAUCUCAAAGACAUGGCACUAACAAUCAUCAUCAAGGACGUCAUGGUUUUGGUAAAUCUCAAGAAUUAGAAUCUUUAACUAAUGAAAAAAUAUCUCAAUUAUUAGGAGAAGGAUCAGAUGAAUUAGAACCAGAAUGGGACGACGAUAUUGAAUCUUCAGGACAAAGAAAUGGUAGAAAUUAUAACAAUAACAAAUACUUGGAUGAUUCAGCAAAAAUGUCAAUGGCAAAUAUGGGACAAACAGUUGAAGAUUUUGAAAAAUGGAAAUAUCAAAUGAAAUUAGAAGAACGUAAGAAAAAUGGAGAAAUUAUUGAUGAAGCAUUAGAAAAUCAAAAACAAAAAGAAGUUGUUGCUUCUUUAAAUGUUGGUAAUGAAGUUGAUAAUUUUUUUUCAUUCGUUAAACCUACUUUGAAAGAAGAAGCCAAUGACUCAAUUGCAUUAGAAGAGCCUGCACAUCAAUCACAACAACAACAACAACAAUCCAAUAGUAGAUCUUCUAGAUUUUCAUCUUUCUUCCAACAACCAAGUCCACAAGUUAAGAAAGAUGACACACUUGAUAAGAAAGCUAACACCACCGCAUCAGAAUCAAAUACUCCAAAGACAUCUGGUCCUCCACCUGGGUUUUCUAAAUUUUUUGGUGGAUCAGUAAAUCAAUCACCACAAUUAAAUUCAGAUUCAUCAUUAGCUAUACAAGAAUCUCAACAACCACAACAAAAAAGAUCCUCGUUAUCAACUUCUCAACCAGUAGUACCUACACAACAUCAUCAACAACCACAGCAACCGUCAAAUAGUACUUCUCAAAUCCCACAAAUACCACCUCAACAACAACUACAACAACAAAAUUCUUCAUCAAAUGAUAACUUCUUUUUGUCUUUAUUGAAAAGAAAAGAAAGUGUUCAAGGUUCAUCUACAUCAAACAUUUCAACCCCUAUUAAUGAAGAAAAACCAAAUAUUCAAGCAUUAUUUCAACAAAAACAGCAGCAACAACAGCAACAACAACAACAAUCACCAAAUCUUAACACUAAGGAUACAAAUCAACAACAAGAUGAUUCAAAAUUUAAAAAAUCACCAAUUGUAAAUAUGCAACAACAGCAUCAAAUACCACCUCAACAUUCCCCACAAAAUCAUCCUCAUAAUUUACCAAUGCCUCAAAAUUUACCACCUGGUAUUCCAAUAAAUCAAUUACCUCCAUGGAUGCGUGGCUCAAACUUACCACCUCACCUUCAACAACAGCAACAACAGCAACAGCAACAAAUGAAAAACUUUCCACCUCCACCACCGGGUUUUCAUCAUGCUCCUCCAAUGCAACAACAGCAACCACAAUCACCUCAAUUACACCAACAAAAAGAAGCCAGCCAAAGUCAACAACAACAACAACAACCAAAAAAUCAAAAUCAAAAUGGUCCUCAACAAUCCCCACAUCAACAACAACAACAACCAUUCCCAUACCCUUCAAACUCACGUGGUAAUAUGCCAAUUCCACCUCAAGGUAUGUUCCCCAAUGGAUUCAUGCCACCAAUGCCAUUACCUCCUCAUUUACAUAAUCAAUUUGGUCCACCACCUCCUGGUUUUCAACAAGGUCCUCCACCACCUGGAAUGUCAAAUAAUGGAUCAGCACCACCUCAACAUCAUCAACAAAAUAUUCCACCUCAAUUUUUAAAUAAUCCUAAUGCUAGA